GAUGAUGUGCACAUCAACUUCACUAAGGAAGAGUGGGAUUUACUGAAUCCUUCCCAGAAGAAUCUCUACAAAGAUGUGAUGCUGGAGACCUACAGGAACCUAACUACUAUAGGAUACAUUUGGGAAGACCUUAACACUGAAGAGCAUUGUCAAUGUUCUAGAAGACAUGCAAGACUGGGCUGGAACCCACUCCUGAUCUGAAACAUGGGGAAAAUUGUCAGAUAAUCCAGCAGUCCUAUGGAAAGAGAAAACCAAACAGGAGGUAGAAACUUUCUCCUCCUGGGAUUCACCGAAGACUCUGACCUGCAGUCCUUCUUCUUCGGGUUGCUUCUCUCCAUGUACCUCGUCACCAUCACAGGCAACCUACUCAUCAUCUUGGCCAUCAUAUUAGACCACCACCUGCACAUGCCUAUGUACUUCUUCCUCUCCAACCUGUCCUUAGCUGACAUCGGCUUCACCUCCACCACCAUCCCAAAGACUCUACUGAAUAUCCACACCCAAAACAAACUCAUCCCCUUCACAGGCUGCAUCACGCAGAUAUUUUUUUUCAUUGUGUUUGGAUGUCUAGAUAAUUUACUCCUAACAGUGAUGGCCUAUGACCGCUUCGUGGCCAUCUGUCAUCCCCUGCACUAUGCCGUCAUAAUGAAUUCUUGCUUCUGUGUGAUGCUGGCUCUUGGGUCCUGGUUAAUCAGUGUCAUGAGUUCCCUGCCUGAGACCUUGACUGUGUUAAGGCUGUCUUUCUGUACAAACAUGGAAAUCCCACACUUUUUCUGUGAUCUUCCUGAAGUCCUGAAGCUGGCAUGUUCUGACACCCUUGUCAAUAACAUUGUGGUAUAUUCUAUAACUAUAGUUAUAGCUGGUUUCCCUUUCUCUGGGAUUCUAUUGUCUUAUUCUCAGAUUGUCUCCUCCAUUCUAAGAAUUCCCUCCACUGGGGGCAAGUACAAAGCCUUUUCCACCUGUGUGUCUCACCUCUUGGUGGUCUUCUUGUUCUACAGCAAUGGUCUUGGAGUCUACCUCAGCUCUGCAGCCACAUCAUCUUCUAGAAUGAAUCUGAUUGCCUCAUUAAUGUACACUGUGGUCACUCCCAUGUUGAACCCCUUCAUCUACAGCCUGAGAAACAAAGAUAUGCAGAAGGCAUUGGGAAAACUCCUUAAUAAGAUGGUGUUUCUUGGCAAAGGGACCAUAUCAGGACCCCCAUAAAUAGCAAUUCAAUGAAAUCAGAAAACAUAUCUAAGGUAGUGACUAAACAUCAUCUAAGGUAGUGACUACAUUUUUUCAGAAACAAGAUUUAUAUUGUUUUUUAUUUAUUCUUGAGAAUGUUGUGUAUACACAUAAAUAUGAUCAUAUAUCAAAGGUCUCAGAUGUGGGCUUAAGAGGGCACUGAGACAAAUCUGGGGGUCAAGUAGUUGAUUAGAAGAGUUAUUAACAUCAUGGACAGAGCAGCAGGCAGAAACAGCAUGACGUGGGCUCUGAGAGGAGUUCAAGCCCUAGCACCAGAGACAGACAGCAUGUCAAUAUCUCUAAUGAGGAUAUUAAGACCCAUGUUGUAGAUUCUAGGUCCCUUAUUACAACUCUCUGAGAAAGAUGUAGUUCUCUCUGACAAAGGGGAUGAUGCUCACAGCACAAGUCUGAAUCCUAACUCUCUAAUUCCCAGGUGAGAAAGGUAAGGGGCAGGAUAUGUGGUCACCAGUACCUCCUCUGAUGUGAGUUCAUUUCUAUUAGAAAUCUGUUAGCUAAAUAUUCAUAGAUGGUGCCCUUAGUGAGGUACCUUCCAACAUCUGUAAGAGAAAAAGGGCUGCUUCGGGUAUUAGGGGCCUUAAACAAGAGUCUGGUCUUGAUUCAAACACUAUAUUCAUUUAAUAUUCACACACACACACACACACACACACACACACACAUGUUUUACUCUUCAAAUUCUCCUCCAACCCCCCAUCAAUGUUACCUGCUCCCAGUAUGAACUCCUUUUCUUUCUUUUUUAUUAAACCACUAAGUUCAAUUAAUGCUGCCGGUAUGUGCAUUGGUAUGGGACCAUUUGUAAGAGCAUGGGCAACCUACCGGUGGCCACAUGCCUGAAAAGGAACAAUUCUGUCUCCCCCAGCAGUCAACAACUCCCAAAACUCCUCAGUUAGGGGCAGAUCCUCAUGAUUCCCUUUCUUUUCCAUCAUGGAAAACAAAUGUAGUACCACAUGAAAUCAGGGGAGGGAGCAACAGGGUUCUUCCAAAAUUACCAAUUCUGAAGUGACUUUCAUAAUGCGUUUUAUUAAGUCCCAGACAUAGAAUUCAAAAGAAUGAUUAUAAGAAUGUUUAGGAAAAAAAAUUUCAAGAAAAUGUUUAGAAAAUCAAAGAGGAUAUUUACAAACCCCUGAAUUAAUUUGAAGAGAUUAUAAAUAAAGAGCUAAAUGACAUAAGGAAGCCAAUACAGGAUAUAAAGAUGGAAGUAAAGAGAAAUUUAGAUUAAAAUUAAAAUUUUGAUAAUGAAAAGCUUCAAUAAAUUAAUUUUUAAUUAACAAAAUCUCUAAUGAGUAAGGUGGAAGAGAGACUGAGAAGUUGAAGAUAAGGAAGAUGAAAUGGAGCCUUCAAACUAUAAAAUUCAGAAUAUAUAAAUAAAACCUAAAGAAUCUAAGAGACACCACUGAAGGGUGAGGUACAUGCACAUAUGUAUGCAAGCAAGAGGUUGAUAUCAAGUAUCAAGUGUCUCCCUCAGUCUCUCUUCACUUAUAUUUUGAGACAUGGUCUCUCAUUGAACCUGGACAUUACUAAUUCAUCUAGACUGGCUGGCUAGCCAUCCCCAGAAGCCUGUCUCUGUUUUCCCAGCACUGGGAUUAUAAGUACGUAUUUAUGCACCCAGCUUUUUCAUGAGUCCUGGGAGACUGACCUCACUUCCUUGGUGUAGGACCAUGGUCUGUAUUCUGUCAAUUAUAUUUUAAAUAAAUGCUGAUUGGCCAGUAUCCAGGCAGAAAGUAUAUGGAGGACAACCAGACAGGAAGUAGAGAUGGGUCAAGGAGAACAGGAGAAUUCUGGGAAGGAGGAAGCCCAUUCCUCUACAGUCCUGUCCAGACACAGAACAAGCAAGAUGUGACUACGCUUCUGAAAAAGGUACUGAGCUAACACAGGCAAGAAUAAUGGGCUAAGGUAAGUUAUAAGAGUUAAUAAGAAGCCUGAGCUAAUGGGCCAAUCAGUUUAUUAUUAAUGUAGGCCUCUGGGACUUAAUGACUGUGGGAAGCAGGCAGAACAGAAACCUCAGACAACAAAUGGUGCCCAACGUGUGAAUGACUGCAUCCACAUAAAGCCUGACAGAGCUUGGGAAGUAAUUCUAGACAAAAAAUAUAGAGUUAAGCAUGGCUUAUUGAUAGCAGCAUUUUCUCAGAUGGGCUCUGCUCACUAGAGGCAAGCACACUCAUUUAAGAGAGGCUUCCUGAUUCAGCUUUAGCUGCAAAACCUUGCAACUCUUUUAAGAGGUCCUGCCGAGAAACACUUAAAUGGUGCUGAUAAAAAGCUGACCACAUGCUUUUUAGUUUCAGUCCUUGUCAGAAAAUAAUUAUAAAUACACAUUAAAGACAAAUACAAAUGGAAAAGAAUCUCUAAAUGGGUCAUAGUGUUGGAUAAAUGUACAUAGGCUUGGAAGAGAAAAGGAAAAAUGUAUAGACAGUUAAAUAAAACAAAGUCUUUAAAGAGACAGAGUACAGACAGCCAUAGAUUAAAGGAGUAAUUAUAAUAAAAUAAAUAUUAAAAAGUAAUAGAGUAAAAAAUAAGCCACAUAAAGAUGGAAUAUACACAGAGUCUGGAUUAUGUAUAUUAUUGUGUUUUCCUUGAAUUUUUUUUACUGUGAAGGAGCUAAGUACAGAGAGACAUUUCAUUGUAUGGGCUGCUAAGCUAAACCAGCGUAUAUAUUCUAAAGCUAUCUUGAAUACAAAAUAUGUGUCUAAGGAUAUGUUCUUUGGAAAAGAGGUUCUUCUUUUGUUUCUACAGAGGAUGAGAACCAGUAGAUUAAUUCCAGGCUAAUGUGGUUUGAUGGAUGAAGAACCCCCAAAAGGUUCCUGUGAACACCCCCAAAAAUUACUUUGCCCAACAAACAGCAAGAAACACUUUGGAGAGGACUCUGCCCAUAUUCCCAAAUAUUGUUUGUAAAUUUUUCUUUACAUUUAAAGGAGGAUAUGCUAUAAGGAUUUGAAUUGUUAUGGAUCUUGGUUUAUUGAGACAAAUUUAAGGUCAAUUUUGUUAUACUGUAGGUAGAUAGAUAGAUAGAUAGAUAGAUAGAUAGAUAGAUAGAUAGAUAGAUAGAUAGAUAGAUAGAUAUUUCUGCUCUUGAUUAAGGUAUUUUGUUUGGAAGAUAAUUUAAAAGUGUAAUAUAUAUAUAUAAUUAAGAAAUAUAGGUUAAUAGAGAUUCAUAUAUAAUAGUCAAGCUUGUAGUCAUGUUCGUUGGGUUUUCUAGAUAUAAGAGAUAUAUUUCAGUUAGAUAUUCUUCAAUUCUUUCAGACACCUACAGAAUAUGGCAUUUAAAAUGUUUUAAGAACUUAGGACCUUUCAUGACAAUGAGACACAGCUGUUCCUGGCAGCGCCAAUCUACUUCAAGAAGAAGAUGGACAUCGAAGAGGCUCCUUAUGGAGUUUGUUAGCCAUUUGGGUAAGAAACUGCUCUUGCCUGGAGUGCUUGAUGUUAUGCUUUAUGAACUGUACAUGCAGGACCCACAGAGAAAUGACUCCUGAACUUGCCUAAAGGUGAGACAAUACUUCAGGGUUCCAGCUUCAUGAAAGAGUGUACUAGACAUUCUGCAGGAUACAGAAGAAAGUGACUUGCAAGCUAUCAAUAUAGGCAGAACUGUCUUUGAAAUUUCCUGCUUCAUGGAAAAGUCUACCGAAUACUAAUGUGCCUGGAGGAUGAAGAUGGAUGCUUCAAUGUUACAGAAGAACUUUGGGUGACUGUCCAGGCAGCAACAUCUCUCUGUAAUUUCUAGAGUUUUAGAAGUUAAUUACAAUGCACUUCCUGUUUGCUCAGGUAAUAUUAUAUCCUUCUGGAGUCUUUAAUGAAGUUGAAUAAUAGAUAGAAAAUAGGUAUUAAUAUUGUAACUGUAAUUCUUGCUUUAUAACUAUUUUGUUACAUGUAAUCUUACUAUUUUAAAGUUAAAACUUUCCUUUUUAUUUAAAUAGAAAAGGGGAGGUGAUGUGGAAUUCCCCUCUGUAUGAUGUGACUACCAUUGGUGAAUAAAGAAACUGCUUUGAGCCUAUAGCAGAGCAGGGCAGAACUUAGGUAGAUGAAGAAAACUAAACUAAAUGCUGGGAGGAAGAAAACAGAGUCAGAGAGAAGCCAUGUAGCCUCGCCAGAGACAGACGCCAGAACUUUAACCAAUAAGCCACAGCCGCAUGGCAAUACACAGAUUAAUAGAAAUGGUUUAAAUUAAUAUGUAAGAGUUAGCCAAUAAGAAUCUAGAGCUAAUGGGCCAAGCAGUGAUUUAAUUAAUACAGUUUCUGUAUGGUUAUUUCAGUUCUGGGUGGCUGGGACAAACAAGCAGCCUCCUUACAACACACAGAGAGACUGAAGCAGCAAACAUAGGGCCUGCAUGAAUCUGCCCAUGUCCUCUAAGUAUAUAUUAUAGCUUUUAGUUUGAUAAUUUUAUGGAACUUCUAAGUGUGUAAAUGAGUGAAUCUCUGAUUCUUGUGCCUGCUUGUUUCUCUUUUUCUUUCAUUGGUGUCUGGCCCAGCCUUGAUAUGAUGAUUUUGUUUUAUA